UGGAGUUUCAUACUUGAGGAGAAACGCGAGAGAGGGCAACUCCUUAAACCUGAUCGUCUGCUCGCACUCAUUACAUGUAGUUGUUGCGAUUCUGUGUCGAGAAUUUUUGGCUUGCCUGCCGGGAUGUACACGACGGGACUCAAUCCGUUUUACGCAUCGAACUUUAGCCUUUGGACCGCGUACUGUUCGGGCGGUUUUGGGGUGGACAGCAUGAAGAAGCCCUCGUUCUGCAUCGCUGAUAUUCUGCACGUUGGAGAUGCUGAGAACAUCCCCGGUUCGUCUUCGCUUAUGGCUCACAUCGGGGCCCGGGGAUCCCCGUUACGCCCGUCCCCAGUCACUCCAAGCGCGUCCGCGUAUCACAGGCAUGGAAUACACUUCACAUCCAGAGCCGUGAUGAACGCGCAAUCCGCGCCUCCGCUGUCGAGCAAAGACCUCAAGUUCGGGAUUGAUCGGAUAUUAUCCACAGACUUCGAGCCGAAGGGAAAAGAAUCUCCAUCGUUGAGAGAUUUCACAUCGAUUGUUAGUCCGAAUCGGCAGUCAGCAGUCCAUGUGUCUGCCAGCCCUUACUUCGCGUCCAUAGACCCGACCAUGAGCGAAACCUCCUCCAUGAUGGGUUCAAUUAGCAAUGCCGCCAGACAAUCAGGGCAACAUCAGUUUCAAGACACCUUCCCAGGGCCGUACGCGGUGCUUUCCAAAGACACAAUGCCACAGACUUACAAGAGGAAAAGGUCGUGGUCCAGAGCAGUGUUCUCCAACCUCCAGCGGAAAGGCCUCGAGAAACGCUUCGAAAUCCAGAAGUACGUCACGAAGCCGGACAGAAAACAGCUGGCUGCGAUGCUGGGCCUCACCGAUGCACAGGUCAAAGUUUGGUUCCAGAACCGGCGGAUGAAGUGGCGGCAUUCCAAAGAAGCGCAGGCGCAGAAGGACAAAGAGAAAGAGCAGACGGAUAAAUCCGCGACCGAGGCCGAGCCCAAAGAACGCGGGGACUCCGAAUGCGAAAGCGAACCGAGCGAGUCCGAAUUCGAGGACGGAGCGGAGGACAAAAGCGACGUGGACAUUUCUGAACUCAACAAAGCCAGUGUGAUUAUUCCCGGAGCUCUGGCGGUCAGCACGCACGACACAUGCAGCACAAACUCCACGACAGAACCGAGCGCAGUGAGCAUCUGAUGGACGUGAAUGAAAGCGUCUCCCGGACAGAGACACAGAACAGAGCGCGCGCGCACACACACACGAGCCAUCUUUUCUUUGUGAAACAGACCCUUCAUGACCUUCAUUGAGAGGGGAGAGCAGCGAUCUGCCCGAAAUGAACCACUCGACCUUCACAUGACGAUUUGGGACUUGAACGUUCAUGAAUUAAGACGUUGAUAAACUUGACUGUAUUAUAUUUGGUCUGUAAGUAUUUGCACUGAAAAUGUAAAUAAACGUUUGUUACUAAUAUUA